CCUACUAAAAUUCCAUUCAUCCACUAAAGCCCCACUCCCCAUCCACAAACCUCAUCUUAAAACCAAACCCCCCACCGACAAACAAGUUAACAAAUCAUCGGUUUCCUUCUUCCCAAAUCACGCAGGUGUUCUCCGUCUCACGCCAUGGAUCUGCAGCUGGAGCAAUUGGAAUCCUUGGGCUCCAUCGACGUUCUCCGUGAAUCCGCAGAGAUCCCUCGCGCCGCUCCACGCACCUUCGGCCUGCUCACGCUAGCCCUCGUUUUUCCCCUUUCCUUUGCGAUCCUCGUCCACUCCUUAUUCACUCAUCCCCUCCUCGUCCGCCUUGAGCAAUCCUCCGCUUCGUCCCACUCUUUCUCCGGUUGGUCUUUGCUUUUCUUCUACCAGUUCGUUUACAUCAUAUUCCUUUUCAUCUUCUCUCUUCUGUCCACCGCAGCCAUCGUGUUCACCGUCGCGUCUCUCUAUGCCGCCAAGCCCGUCUCGUUCACUUCCUCCCUUUCCGCCAUACCCCCGAUCUUUCCUCGCCUCUUCCGCACUUUCCUCUGGGUCUCCCUUAUCAUGUUCCUUUACAAUCUCGCCUUUGCUUUCUGCCUCGUUAUGCUCCUCGUUGCCUACCCUUCGUCGGAUUCUCCUAUUUUCCUUGUUAUACUAUCACUACUAAUCGCCGCCUUCAUCGCCGUCCAUGUUCUUAUUUCUGCGCUCUGGCACCUCGCAUCUGUUGUCUCCGUGCUCGAGCCCAUCUGCGGGCUUGAAGCCAUGCGGAAAGCACGCCAGCUCCUUCGUGGACGGGCUCGCAUGGCUGCUAUACUCAUCACCGGCUAUCUGUCAGCCUGCGGGCUUAUCGGCUGGGCUUUCCGUGCCUUGGUCGUCAAGGGCCCUACAGAGGAGGGUAGCUUCGGGCUUGGCAUUCCAGCUAAGAUCCUCGUUGGCGGAGCGCUUGUUGCAGUCCUCGUCCUCAUCAAUUUUGUCGGUCUAUUAGCUCAGAGCGUGUUCUACUAUGUGUGCAAGAGCUACCACCAUCAGAUGAUUGACAAGAGUGCACUCUAUGAUCAUUUGGGAGGAUAUCUUGGUGAAUACGUGCCGCUCAAGAGCUCGAUUCAAAUGGAAAACAUCUGAAAAAUAAAUUGUAAGAGUUAAAAAAUUUAGGUGUAUUUCUUUCUUGUGUAAUUAUGCAGUGGUGGGAUUGGAGCUAACAAUUAUAGGUUAUCGUCUGUCAUGUUUAUUUUUAUAGAUUUUAAUUAUCUGGAGCACUUGUACUAGAGGAGUUGUGAUUUUUUAGUUGGUUGCGGCUUAGUCAUACAGGAGCAAACUAAUUUGAGUUGCAUAAAUUGACAUUUCAUUUCCAGUGUUGUGGUUUUUUGGCACAUUGUUCUUUCUAAUCUGAUAGAUAUUACAGGAGGAAAAAUGAUUAAUCUUUUUGGGGUGUUUAUAAACUGUUAGGAUUUUUAAUGAUC